AUGUUGCACGUGUGUUUCGCUCGGUGAAGUGGUGUCCAUUGAAGUACUGGGGGGUUAUCAUGGGCAAAGCGAAGAAGAUCAAGGUGACCAAGGGAGACAGAUCCGAGAAAAUUCCCCUGGGGGAUCAGAUCGAGGGGGAGAAAUCAGUGAAAAUGAAGAAUCGACAGAAGAUCAGGUUUCGUAGGGAUGAGGACGAAGAGUUUGUCGACGCGAAUCUCUCGCAGAAAAUCCUCUCCCAAGCGCGCAAGCAGCAGCUGGAGCUCUCAGAGGACGCCUCUCCCUCGACGUCGAAAAAGCCCCUGACAAAGCUGGGUCCAGAACUGAGCGACGAAGAAGACCCCCCAAGUGAGGAUGAGGUGACUUGUCAGGACUACUACGAGGACAUAGAGAUAAACGACGAGGACGAGAGGGCCCUCCAGAUGUUCAUGGACAGAGACAGAGCUCCCACGCGCACCCUCGCCGACAUAAUAAUGGAAAAACUCACGGAGAAAAAGACAGAAAUUGACACCCAAUUUUCGGACGUCGGUUCCCUCCAGAUGCAGGAGCUGGAUCCUCGAGUGAAGGCCAUGUACGAGGGUGUGAGGGACGUUCUGGUGAAAUACCGAAGUGGAAAGUUGCCAAAAGCCUUCAAGAUCAUCCCUAGCCUUCGAAAUUGGGAGCAAAUACUCUAUAUUACUGAUCCCCCCAGGUGGUCAGCAGCUGCCAUGUACCAGGCGACCAGAAUUUUCGCCUCUAAUUUGAAGGAGAAAAUGGCCCAGAGGUUCUUCAACCUCGUUCUCCUCCCCAGGAUCAGGGACGAUCUCGCCGAGUACAAGAGACUGAAUUUUCACCUCUAUCAGGCCCUCAGGAAGGCCCUCUUCAAGCCUGGGGGCUUCAUGAAGGGAAUUCUCCUGCCCUUGUUGGAGUCUGGCACGUGCACGUUGAGGGAGGCUGUCAUAGUUGGCUCUGUCAUCGCCAAGAACUCCAUUCCAAUACUUCAUUCGUCAGCUGCUAUUCUCAAAAUCGCUGAGAUGGAUUACACUGGGGCUAACAGCAUAUUCUUGAGGAUUUUCUUUGAUAAGAAGUAUGCUCUGCCUUAUAGGGUGGUUGAUGGGGUGGUCUUUCAUUUCUUGAGGUUCGAGAGGGAAACUAGGGAGCUGCCUGUCCUCUGGCAUCAGGCCUUCUUGACUUUUGUCCAGAGGUACAAGGGGGACAUUAGCUCGGAGCAGAAAGAUGCCUUGUUGGAGCUCCUGAAGAGGCAGAAUCAUCAUUCGAUUACUGGGGAGAUUCGGAGGGAACUGAUGCACGCCAAGUGCAGGGAUGUCGAGGGGAUCGAGCCUGGAUCGGAACCCAUGGCUCUGUGAAGUGACUAGAGGAGUUUUUUUACUGUUGAAUAUUCAUUUUCACUUCAAAUUUUACAUCAAUUAUCCAGAAAAUUCAAUUCAAUUAAAAUA